AUGGGGUUUGUCGACUGUCAACAUGUGGCUCUCCGUUUUUCCUCCUCGGUUAGCUACCUGCUACGUGUGAGGUGCACACCUACGGGCUCUGGACGUCGUAGUGUCCAAUAUGGAUGCCCAGGAAUAUGCUACUGUCGCUUUCAAUGUGUAUGCCUCAAGAUAUGCGAGCAUUGCUGGCUACGUGCUUAUGCUCUACGACCAUACAUUAACGUUCGACGAGGAGGUUAGGUUCAUAUGGGCGGCUCCAUGGACUUUGCCGAAGACGCUCUUUCUUAUCAUUCGUUAUUUCGUUCCUGCCUUCGUCGUUAUCCACCUCUGCCAGCUGACAGGACUGAAUACCUUCUCAGAUAUGGUCUGUAAAGUCUGGUUUAAUAUAUCAGCCUGCAUGGGCAUUAUCACCAUCGCUAUAGGAAAUUUCCUGGCCCUUAUGCAUAUAUGGAAUCUCUGGGAGAGAGAUGGACGGCUGAUGGUCCUGACGUCGUGUUUGUUCGUGGCAACCCAGAUAGCCAACAUCAUUUGCUUGACAUUCUCCCUUGUACAUAUCACCGAAUCUGUCUACUUCAAUUCCACUUUCUCAAUGUGCAUGCUGUCGGACCGCCACUCAGCCGGAAUCAUUUGGGCUCCAGGGGUGGCGUUCGAAGUUGUUAUCUUUUCUGCUCUAUUCUGGAACGCGCUCUCCCGACCUCGGUAUCUAGAGGAUGAUUUCACUAAAAUCCUUUACAGAGAUGGAUUCGCAUAUAUUCUGGUUGUUUUCGUUCUUCGAUUAAUGAACCUCAUUCUAUCUUUUGUCGCGCCACUCUCUCUUAUUUUUCUGGGAAUAUUUUUUAUCUGGUGUUCAACCACUAUGACAGUGACGCGGCUGGUUCUUGACGUCACUAGGAUGGCUGAAAAAAGGGCCUUACAGAUGUUCCAGAUCGAGCUAACACGAUUUGAGUACAAUGAUGAGGACAGCGAACUAUGAAGUUGAAGAACAGUAAUAAUAAGGUACCCAGCGGGACAUGAUACCACAUAUUUAAUAGCAAUCCUAGCAUAGAAUAAUACCCCGUAGU